UUUUUAUACAAUUUUUUUUCCUAGAAUUUUAAUUCUAAAAAAUGGCCUCAUGUAGUGAUGUUGAGGAACUCUUUGCCAAAGCAACAGAGUACGUGAAACGUAUUGCUCCAACUCUUGGCUCUCAGGAUCUUUUAGAAUUUUAUGGCUACUACAAGCAAGCAACUGUCGGUCCAUGUAAGGAAGCAAAACCAAGUUUUUUCAGUUUUGAAAGUAAACAGAAGUGGAGUGCUUGGAGUAGAUUAGAACAGUUAUCUAGCACUAGUGCAAAGCAAGCUUAUUGUGAGAAAUUAGCCCUGAUUGACCCGGCUUGGGAGGAAGAAUAUGAAACCGGGGAAGCUCCCAAACUUAGUUGGGUUGCAACGAGCUGCCUUCCUAAUUUAGACGAAGAUUUAGCUGAAAAUGAGAAAAGUAUCUUUGAUUGGGUAAAAGAGGGCAACAUUGAGAAAGUCAAAGCUAAUGGUUCUGCCCAUAUCAACGAGUUAGAUGAAUCAGGGCUUGCAAUGCUCCACUGGGCAGCGGAUCGAGGUAAUUUGCCUAUUGUCGAGUUACUUGUAUCUUUGUUGGGUGCUGAUAUCAAUUUGAAGGAUUGUGAUGGCCAGACGCCACUGCACUAUGCUGUUUCUUGUGACCAUCUAGAUAUUGUUAAGUUUUUGCUGGCCAAUGGUGCCAAACCUAAUUUGCGAGAUGAUACCAACAUGACGCCAGCUGAUUUGUCCGAUAAUGAAAAGAUUAAAGAGUUGUUGAGCAGUAUAGCUUGUUCUAUGAAUUAGGUGUUAAUAAAUGGAAGUGUUCCAAAGCUA